AUGAAAAAAAUAAGACACAAAAACCUUAUUUAACUUUAUGAAGUGAUUGAUAAUCCUACUAGUGAUAAAUUGUUUAUGGGUAAAUUUCUUCAUUUUUAUACUCUAGUUCUUGAAUUUGCAGAAGGAGGUCAACUGAUUGAAUGGGAUGAAGAUGAAGGCAAAUUUUAUAAAUUAAAUGAAGAUGAAGAAUUAACAGAAGAUAUACUUUCUUCACUUUUUAGAGAUUGUAUUAAAGGCUUAGCAUUCUGUAUUUAUUUAUUCAUAUAUAUUAGUACAUAAAAAUAAAAUUGUACAUAGAGAUCUCAAACCAUAAAAUGUAUUAAUGUCAGGUAAAACAGCUAAAAUUGCAGAUUUUGGAGUUUCAUAAGUUGUGGGUUCCAAAAAUGAUGUACUCGAAAAUACAUAAGGAACUUAUUAUUUUAUGCCUCCUGAAGCUUGUGAUAAAGAAACAGCUAAAGAUGGAUAUUCUGGUAGGGCUGCUGAUAUUUGGGCACUUGGUAUUACCUUUUUUGCUUUCACAUACUUAAAUGUCCCUUUUACUGGAAAUAGUAUCCCUGAAAUACUCAAGAAUAUAUCAUAAAAUGAGUACAUCAUUAUUCAAAUAUAUAGAGUGGUUUUCCCUGAAAAUUCUGUUAUUAGUGAUGGACUUAAAGAUUUUAUACAUUUCAUUUUAAAUAAAGAUCCAAAAAAAAGACCAACAAUCAAUGAAAUUGCUAAACAUCCUUGGAUUAAUUAAAGUUCUGCCAACUUAUUAGAUGAAAUGUAUAAUACUAUGAUAUCUCAAUAAUAGGGAUUAAGAAGAAAAAGUUAUGGAAGUCUCAUAAGUUGAUAUUGAUAAUGCAUUUUCUUUAGUUUCAUUGAUGAAAAUUAAAAGUUGGGCAUAAAAAUGGAGAACUGAAUCUAAUCUAAAAAAAGCUGGACCAUAAAAUGGAGUUGAAGAAAUAGAGAUUAAAUGA